AUGGGCCGCACUUUGGGUGCAGGUACCUACGGAAUCGUUCGCGAAGCCGAUGGCCCCGAAGGGAAAGUCGCCGUAAAGAUCAUUUUGAAGAAAAAUGUCAAGGGUAACGAGCAGAUGGUGUAUGACGAAUUAAAGCUACUACAGAGGCUUCACCAUCCGCAUAUUGUUCAGUUUCGCGAUUGGUUUGAGUCAAGGGACAAGUACUACAUCGUUACUCAGUUAGCUACCGGCGGCGAACUUUUCGAUCGUAUUUGCGAAUACGGAAAAUUCACCGAGAAGGAUGCAUCGCAGACUAUUCGCGAGGUUCUACAAGCUGUUGACUACUUGCACAGCGUCAACAUAGUCCACAGGGACUUGAAACCUGAGAACUUGUUGUACCUUACCCCUGAUGCGAAUUCCUCCCUCGUGCUUGCCGAUUUCGGUAUCGCCAAGAUGCUUGACUCAAGCAACGAAAUGCUCACCACCAUGGCCGGCUCCUUCGGUUACGCAGCUCCAGAGGUUAUGUUAAAGAAGGGGCAUGGAAAAGCUGUCGAUAUGUGGUCCUUGGGUGUUAUCACCUACACCUUACUUUGCGGGUACUCGCCAUUCCGUAGUGAGAGUCUUGCAGACUUGAUCGACGAAUGUAGUAAUGGGAGAGUUAUCUUCCAUGAGCGCUACUGGAAGGAAGUUAGUAGAGAUGCAAAGGUCUUUAUCGGAGAUCUCUUGCAACCUAAGCCAGAAGACCGCCCCACUAGCUCGGAAGCACUCAAGCACAGCUGGCUCAAGGGCGAAACUGCCACCGACUAUGAUAUCUUACCAGAGAUUAAGUCCUACAUCGCCAAGGCCCGUCUCCGCCGCGGUAUUGAAAUGGUCAAACUCACCAACCGUAUCGAAGCCCUCAGGAUGCGCGAUGAUGAUCCCGACGAGGGCGAUGUACCGGCUGAUGCAAAGGAAGCUGCCAAAGAGGGGGUCACAAAGCCCAGCGAUUCUAAGCCCUCUAGUUCUACUACUACUGGAAAGGGUACCGGCAGACUCUCAAGAGCGGCAAGAUCUGCUAUUUUCAGGGAGGUAGUGUUGGCGAAGGUUAGGGAGAUGAAGGCCGAAGAGGAGAAGCAACUCACGGAGAGGACUUUGAGUGAGAAGAAACCAGGUUCAAGGAAGUAA